CUUCGGGAGAAGGAGAAAAUACAGAUUCAGCAGUUGUGAGAUUUGGCAAAGAUGCCUUAGCUGGAAAGGACGAAGGGUUCAAAAUAUUCUGACUUGGAGAACACAAGUCAACCCCUGGCUCUGAAGUGCUAGCAACAGAAUUUAAAAGCACAAAAGACGCCUGUUGGUCUUGAUGAGCAAAAGUUGAACCCUGUUUCUCACUGGGAAGGCCUCCUUGGAGGGUAUCAUCACUAGAUUCCUUAAAACUCUUCCGAGGGAAUAUGGAAUCUAUGUUUCUUCUUCUUCUUCAAGAUCAGUCGGGGAUCUGAUGGUUGAGAAGGUAGUGGACCAGGAACAGAAAAGGGAGGAAUUGUGGGGUUUCCUUCCCCGUAAACCAAAGGAUUCAGCCUCCCAAAGGGACCGUUGUGAGAGAAAUGGAUCAACUCAUCAAGAGCAAUCUUCUCUUGUGCUAUUAAAAUCUGUUGCUGGUGGUACUUCCGAGCUUGCCCCAACCGAACCCGAUCUUGGCAUGUCAUCUCCAAGUCAGAAUAUGAUGAACCCUUCAUCAUUGCCAUCUAACCCAUCUCCACCAAAUACGAUCACUGCUGAAUUGUCCCCUUCUCCCAUUUCUCCCAAUGAUGAAGCAAAUGCGGCCUCAUCUCAGGCAGAGAAAGAUCAAAGCGAGAGAAGCAUGGCUUCUCAUUCAGAUCCUGCCCGAAGUGGGCAGCACGAUGCGGAUGUCGAUGGAGUGUCUUCAAAAGGAACUGUUUCUGUUCAUCAAAUGGUGUUAAAUCCGAUCUUUGGAUUUCGCCGUCGCCCUGGUCAUCGUCUCCGAUCAAAGUCUAGGGAAAGAUUUUUACCACUAACAAAAGGAAAUCGGCGAUUCACAGACGAGCGGUCUUGGAGAUACCUGAUCGGUUCUAUUGGACUUGAGAUCACAAUUUUCAGGGAUGGGCUCCCUCCCAUCAUCGCUCCCUUAGAGACCAGAAUAACCCAAUUGGAUCGCGCUUUUUCGACGAUAAACAGGGUCUGCGACACCGAAGGGACAAUAGGAAAUUCAGGCAGCAUUGGGAUUCCAAAUACACAACGAGGUGAGGGUAAACUUGGAUUGAAGUCCUUUAUUAAGGCACUUUCUAGGUCUCUUUCUGAAAGGAAAGCACUGAUUAUUGAAAUUGAUGAAACUAAGGUCCCUAAAAACCUUGAGUCCACCUCAAGCAGUGGAGUGGUUCCUCUCCUAAUCCUAGCUUGCCCUAGACCAGAAUGGCAAGACCCAUUAAUUAAGGCUUUUGAGAGCAACUCAAAUGUAGGACAUUUGAGCUGUCUGUCCAUCUCCUCAAAUCUUCUGCAACAAGAUCUUAUGCAGGGUGUAACGAUGCCUAGCGUCACAGAACAUGGGUUAAAUGAUGGGUCAGCAGAGACUAAGGAAGCUGAAGAUGAAGAAAAGAAGAUCCAAUUGUUAUUUUAACCUGCUUUCGAUGCCUACUUUGAAACAAUCUUUAGGGCAGUGGAAAAACAGAUCAAGCGAGGGCUAAAUGAAGCAGGGUUAAUCUU